AUGUCUGGUUCUCGUAAAGAGUUUGACGUGAAGCAGAUUUUAAAAAUCAGAUGGAGGUGGUUUGGUCAUCAGGCAUCAGCCCCUAACUCCACUAUUGAAAACCAUCAGGGAGACUUCUGGAAUAGAGGACAAAAUGUAACAACUGGUGGCACAAAGUUUUUAGAUUCAGGUAACUUACCUUUAACAUCAGCUGGUUACAGAAGGUCCGGCCAACAGGAUUUCCAGAAUUCACCUCUUUGGCCAAUGGCAUCCACCUCAGAAAUCCCUGCAUUUGAAUUCUCAGCAGAAGACUGUGGAGGUGCACAUUGGCUUGACAGACAAGAAACAGAUAUUAGAGCAAGUGAAGAAGAAAAUGAAUCGGACAGCAGCUCGUGCAGCAGAACUUCUGACAGCAGUCACACCUUAUCAUCUUGUCAAGCAAUGGAGCCCUGUACCUCAGAUGAAUUUUUUCAGGCACUCAACCAUGCUGAACAAACUUUUAAAAAGAUGGAGAAUUAUCUUAGACACAAUCAGCUAUGUGAUGUGGUGUUAGUUGCUGGUGAUCGUAGAAUUCCAGCUCACAGAUUGGUUCUCUCCUCUGUUUCGGACUACUUUGCAGCAAUGUUCACUAAUGAUGUAAGGGAAGCAAGGCAGGAAGAAAUCAAGAUGGAAGGUGUGGAGCCAAAGGCAUUGUGGGCUCUGGUUCAAUAUGCAUAUACAGGUCGCCUUGAGUUAAAAGAAGAUAACAUUGAGUGCCUGUUGUCUACAGCUUGCCUUCUUCAGCUCUCUCAGGUUGUAGAAGCAUGCUGUAAAUUCCUAAUGAAGCAGCUUCACCCAUCCAAUUGCCUUGGAAUCCGAUCUUUUGCUGAUGCACAGGGUUGCACUGACUUGCACAAGGUGGCUCACAAUUACACUAUGGAGAACUUCAUGGAAGUAAUUAGAAAUCAGGAAUUUCUGUUAUUGCCAGCCACUGAAAUUGCUAAGCUUUUAGCAAGUGAUGACAUGAAUAUUCCUAAUGAAGAAACUAUACUGAAUGCACUGCUUACAUGGGUUCGACAUGAUUUGGAACAGAGAAGGAAAGAUCUCAGUAAACUCCUGGCUUACAUUAGACUGCCUCUGCUUGCUCCACAAUUUCUGGCAGAUAUGGAGAACAACACACUCUUUAGGGAUGACAUUGAAUGUCAAAAGCUCAUUAUGGAAGCAAUGAAGUACCAUCUGUUGCCAGAGAGACGACCUAUGUUGCAAAGCCCUCGCACCAAACCUAGGAAAUCUACAGUGGGCGUUUUGUUUGCAGUUGGAGGAAUGGAUGCAACGAAAGGAGCUACAAGCAUUGAAAAAUAUGAACUUCGUACCAACACAUGGACUCCAGUUGCAAAUAUGAAUGGACGAAGAUUACAGUUUGGAGUUGCAGUCUUAGACGAUAAAUUAUUUGUUGUUGGUGGCAGAGAUGGACUGAAAACAUUGAAUACUGUGGAGUGCUACAACCCUAGAUCAAAAACUUGGAGUGUAAUGCCACCGAUGUCCACUCAUCGUCACGGACUUGGAGUAGCUGUAUUGGAAGGUCCCAUGUAUGCUGUAGGAGGACAUGAUGGCUGGAGCUACCUGAAUACAGUAGAAAGAUGGGAUCCACAGGCUCGUCAGUGGAACUUCGUAGCUAGUAUGUCAACUCCCAGGAGCACCGUUGGUGUAGCAAUAUUAAAUGGAAAGCUUUAUGCAGUUGGUGGUCGAGAUGGAAGUUCUUGUCUUAAGUCAGUAGAAUGUUUUGAUCCUCAUACAAACAAAUGGACUCUCUGUGCUCAGAUGUCAAAAAGAAGAGGUGGUGUAGGUGUAACCACCUGGAACGGGUUCUUGUAUGCAAUAGGUGGCCAUGAUGCUCCAGCAUCCAACUUAACAUCCAGGCUGUCAGACUGCGUAGAAAGGUAUGAUCCCAAAACAGAUGUGUGGACGGCUGUGGCCUCUAUGAGCAUUAGCAGAGAUGCAGUGGGAGUGUGUCUUCUUGGUGACAAGUUGUAUGCUGUUGGAGGAUAUGAUGGUCAAACAUAUCUUAAUACCGUGGAGUCUUAUGAUCCCCAGACAAAUGAAUGGACACAGAUUUAAAAUAAAAAUAAUUCUUCAGUUCAUGCUCAGAAACAAUUACUGUCAGUUCAGAGCUUGGUUACUUUUAUAUAGCUCCAGGAACGUGUCUCUCUAUGGGAGGAGCACACACAAGGACAUCCUGAGCUGACUUUGGUUGCACCACUGUGCUUAGGAAGAGCUGGAGCAUGUGUUGUGACUGUAAAACUAUGAAUUAUUUUCUCUGGGAAGGUGACAUUCUCCUGUGUAGACGCAGAGGAUUACUUUUUCCUCAAGCAAACUACGAGUGCACCAAUAAACACCAGAUGCAGGAUAUCUGCCACAGAAAAGUGUUUGGUCUGAGGCUGACAUAAUGUUCUUAUGGACCAAUAUUAAGCACUUUUUAAAAACUUACCUUUGUCAUGCAUAUGUUACAGGAAUUCUACUUGUAAGGAAGUCAGCUGCAACCUGCCAGUUGGCAGCAGAGGACUUCUGUUUAGGAAGCGCUAAGAAAAUGAGUGAACUCACUAUAAUAAUCAAAUGUUAUAGUUCCAGGGGAUUUCCCCAAAUGCAGAGCAAUGAUGCUAUAAAUGGAUAUACUUUGUUAUAAUUGGGUCUAUUUCUGGGCGAAACAAGUUACAGGAUUGGACCCCAUAGAUUAAAUUUGCCUGUAAUAAAUGCAAAUAGGUAUCUGAGUGACUACAAGGCAGGCUAACAAACCAAUGCAAAUUAUUGUAAAUGGCAGGUGUAAUGUCUGCCUUAGAAAUGAAGUUGUCUAUUUGGUGAAUCUUUUGCACUUUUUAUCAUCAUUCCUAGUUUAGAAAACUUUUUAUUUAACCAAAGCCUUAUUUUAAAUAUUGUCCUAUGCUAACAGAAACCUGCUGUUUAAUAAUUUCUGACAGAUAUUUUUGACAUCCAGUGUAUUUUUUGAAUUUUCAAAGUCGUUAUGCAAGAUGCAGAACAUCAUACCUUUUUCUCUGCUUUGGUUCUUGUAUUUACUUUGCUAUUUCUAAGAGUUAUUGGAAGAAUUCUAAAGUGUGAUAAACAAUUAACCAAUUUAAGUUUAACAUUUGCACUUUGGAAUUUUUGAAGCAUUCCAUUACAUCUAUACUAAUUGCAUUUUUAAACGAGGCUUUGCACUACUAUGAGAAGUAUAAUUUUAUAAGAUGAAGAAAUUGUCUGUCUUUCCUGUAAGGUUAUUUAAAAAUGUAACGGGCCUAAUCCUGCCAGAUGCUCAGCUGCCACCAUUUAAGCAUGUUCAGCAUCUUACAGGGGGGUGAGGUGUGCCUCGCAGGACUGUAUCAAAUUAGUUACCUUAUUUAAGUUACCUAAUUUUUUCGGAUACUUUAUAAUUUGCCUUUCUCGAGCCCUCUGCUGUUACACCGAAUUGCUUUGAACGGUCUAAAUGUCCUCGGGAGAUGCCUUUUUGUAUUUGCUUUUACGUGCCUUGUCCCUUUUGUUCUCCGAACAGAACCGCGCGUGAAAAGAUGUGAACUCAUUGAAUGUUUACGGUUUGUUUUUGGUUUUGUUUUUUUUAAAAAAGUUUGAAGUGCCGGAUACCCCAAGUCCUUUGUACAUUUGUAAUUUUAAAUGUGUGUUUUAACGCUCUCGGCGAACUGAUUAUUGUUUUAAAAGAAAUCGGUGACGCUUUAUGAUGAAGCUUUGCAGUUGGAAUACAGCUGAUCUCAAGAGGC